AAAAUGAACAGCUGAUAGCUGCCAAAACCUAACACCUUUGAGGGAAAAAUAUAAUAUAGAUCGAAUGUAUGCGAAGCUAAAUUUGUCAGAUGCAUCUAUGUUCAUAAUAUUAAAAAUCCAAAAUCAUCAUGAUAAAUGCUAUCGGCAAAGUAAGAAAGCAUUCGUAUCGCCUUUGAAGAGAUUUAAAUCUGGAUGAUAAAGCAUUCGUUAAAGUGCGUAACAGAAGCUACGACCGUUUUGAAACAAAGAGUUAUUAAAUUUCCAUUGUGAGAUGACGAAGUAGUUGAACUUUGAAGUAGUUGAUAUAAGCAGCAUUUGGAUUAUAUUUUCUGUCAUAGAUUGCCCGACUGCUGCUGGCCGAAGAUGCUUGCUGUUUUACGAUGUAGUUAGCAUUUAUUGACCAUGCUUCAAGCUUCCGGGCACCAAAAUGAAACAUUUUCAGUGACUUCCUCUGAAACGGACGAUGAUUUUGACAGCUCCUGGGAUAUCACUACAAAAUGUCUCAUUGGUAUCCCACUGGCCAUCAUCAUCUUUAUGUCAAUAACUGGUAACCUUCUUGUCUGCCUGGCUAUAUAUACCGAUAGGAGGCUUCGAAAAUUGGGUAAUCUCUUCCUCGUGUCUCUAGCAUUAGCAGAUCUCUUCGUGUCAUCGCUGGUGAUGACUUUUGCCGUAGCCAAUGAUCUUAUGGGAUACUGGAUGUUUGGCCCUCAAUUCUGCGACACGUGGAUUGCUUUCGACGUUAUGUGUUCCACUGCAUCCAUCCUUAAUUUAUGUGCUAUCAGCCUGGACAGAUUUAUUCAUAUUAAAGACCCUCUUCGAUAUGGUCGUUGGAUGACAAAACGGGUAGUACUUCUAGCCAUAGCUGGUAUUUGGCUUAUGUCUGCUUUGGUGUCAUUCCUUCCCAUUAGUCUUGGUUGGCAUAAGCCAAAAAAGAUGACGGAUUCUGAAGAUGAGGAGCUGCGCCCAACAUGUGCUCUGGAUUUGACGCCCGUUUAUGCUGUGGUUUCAUCCAUCAUAAGUUUCUAUGCACCAUGUGUAGUCAUGGUAGCUUUGUACACGAGACUGUACUUGUACGCGCGAAAGCAUGUACGUAAUAUACGAGCGGUUACUAAGACUGCUUCUAGUUCAAAGGCCUCUGGUUCGAAGGGAUUCAACAGCAAUCACACGAAUCAUCAUCAUCACCAUCAACACAUGGACCACAAAGCAGCAAUCACUUUGGGUUUCAUCAUGGGGACGUUUCUUGUAUGCUGGGUCCCUUUUUUCUGCAUCAAUAUCGUGGCUGCUGUCUGCAAGUCGUGUAUCUCAGACAUGGUGUUCAAAUUUCUCACGUGGUUGGGUUAUUGCAACUCCGCCCUCAAUCCUAUAAUUUACAGUAUUUUCAACUCUGAAUUUAGAGAUGCUUUCCGGAGGAUUCUUCUCACUUAUUUGCAAGCUGAGUGCUGCUCCACAACCCUUUGCAGCGGUGGUUCUACUGAUCGUUUCGACGCAAGACGUGCCACUCAAGGAGGCGGUGGGGGCAUUCGACCUCCCGCCAGUCCAGAUCCUAUUAAUAGGAUUGAAAUGCAAGGGAACUGGUCUGGAAAAUCAUCGGACGUUUAAACUGUAUCCCAACUUGAAUGUGUUUCAUUGAAAUGGUUUUCAGUUCGAUUGCAUCCAUGUCUUCAGAAAGUGAGCAGGUUCUCUUUAACAUUGAUAAGAUUAGUGAAACUCUGAGAUCGUCAUUUCUGGAUUUUUCUCAAAGUCCUGUUUCUAGUUUAUCUGUACAGUGCAUUCAUGUAAUUUAUCAUUUAAACUACUUAUUAUUUUGAUUACUAAAACGCAUUAUUUGCACCGAUCAAACUUUUAAUAUUCAUUAGACUAAAUGAAUGAGCUUACACUAUUCUUUGCACGUUUGUAUUAGACACUAGAACCUUAUGAACAUACUUUGGUUGCCAGAUAGCUGAUUAGAUUAUUUUUAAUGGAAUAUCUGAAAUAUAGCAAUAUUUCGAAACUGAAAAAAGGAACUUCAGGUAGAAUCAGAAAAAGAAUUUUUGAUUAAAUAACCUGAAUACUCUUAUCUUAGAAAACCAAGCAGCCACCCAUAGUUUGUACAUACUUUAUUGAUCUCAUAGGUUAAGCAACAAUUAUAUGUUUCGUGUUUGUUAUCUAACAUCUAACAUAAGUUGACAAUAGUAUCUUAAUGACCAUGCAGUUGGCAUAUCCUUAUAUAACAGAGAUGCUGUUGUUAUUAUAAACUUACAUAGGUUAACGACAUGGUUUGAUUAAUAUAAUUUACCACCUUUCAUGAAUUCAUAUUAUUCCAAAAUCAUUUGGGUAAUGAAUUGCAGAUGUAAUGUACUACUUAAUAGCUGCUUGUGUCAUGCACAGUGUAUUGUAUUUGCAAAUGUUUUCUAGGGAUAAUGUAAUGGAUAAUUAUUGACUUUCUAAGAAGAAUUAUUAUCCAUAAUGUUAUUCCUGUCACAAAAAUAAGUCUUAGGUUAUUAGCGAUUUACCAUCUAAGCUUUCCGUAAAGAGGAACUUUUUAGUAAUCGCUAUCAGUUAUUUAAUAAAUUCAUGCCAGCUAAUUUAUUCUCCCAGUUUUCCAAUGUUCUUUUAGUAAUCAUUUUAUAUGAGACUUUGAUAAAAUUCUGUAUGUUAAAAAAGCACUCUGCACUUGGUAGCUUAGAAAAGUAACUAUUGUUUCGACGGUUGUGUCAUACUCAGGAGCAGAGCCUUACCGAAGGUGGUCCUUUAAAUAACUUCAGGCUAGAAAAAAUAUUUUAUUUUUAGUUUAAAAAAUGAGAGGGGUUUGUAAAAUUAAAAUGUAAUAAAUCAGAUAUUUAUAAUGCAUUAAUAGCUAUUCAUACAGCACAUAAAAAUAUAUGUGCUGUAUGAAUAACUAUUAAUGCAUUAUAAAUAUCUGAUUUAUUUAUUAUGAUUUAUGAUAUUUUCCUAUAGUAUUAAAUUCUGUCGUCGAGGCUUUGGUCAAGAGAAUGAAAUGUUUUGCACCUUAUAUCUUUCUAAAGUUAUUUUAUUUUGCUCCUUUUUUUUUUUUGUUUUCAAAAUGGUAUAUUACAAUAAGGACGCACAAUCAUUGAGCUUUCAGAAAUGGCCUUGUAAAAAUGAGUUACAAAAGUUAAUUUAUAUAACUAAAUUUAAUGUUGAAGAUAAAACGUAUAUUCAGCUUAUUCAUAAAACCAGAAGGAAAAAGAAGUUUCUUCAUUUUGUUUACUUUCAUUGUUUUCUUUAUUGACUAAACAGCAGAGAAAUAAUUACAUAUUUCAUGUAGAGAAAAAAAAUUUGCAAAAGUUAGAUACAUAUUAGAAGUACUCUUUUACGUGUUUGCCUUCCUGUUGAAAAUAUUUGUUAUAACGUGACACCACUUUGUCAAACUUGCCGCUUAGCCCAUUGAACUUUGUGUCACUCAAUCAUCACUCAGUUUCUGUUCUUUGCUGAUACCAUUUAAUCACAAUAUUAUCACUUAUGAAGUUUAUUCAAAACUAUCUAUGAUGAACCAAUUACGCUAAGUUUCAGGUGUAGUUUGAACACCGGCUUGAAGAAAUCUAAACAUGGAAGAUGAAAUUUCAAGCACAGUUUAAAGAAAUAUAAUGAUGAGAGAUGCAGUUUCAUUUGCGGGUUUAAAUUUCAAUUUGAGGAAAUCUAAUGAUGAAGGGUAAAAUUUCAAAUGCGGUUUGAGAUCCAGAUUGAAGAAAUUUAAUGACGGAGGAUGAAACUCCAUUUGCGAUUUCUGUUUUAGCUUGAAGAAAUCUAAUAACUGAAGAUGACAUUUCACAGCUUGAACUCCAAUCUGAAAGAAUCUAAUGACGGAGAAUAAAAUUUCAAGUGAAGUUUCAUAUUCAGCUUGAAGAAAUUUAAUGACAGAAGAUAAAAUUCCAAAUACAAUUUGAAAUACGUCUUGAAGAAAUCCAUCGACAAAGGAUGAAAUAUCAUUUGCGAUUUCAACUUCAGUUUGUUGGAAUCUGAUGAAAGAAGAUGAAAUGUUAACUGCAGUUUGAAUAUUCGUUUUAAAGAAUCUACUGACGGAGGAUGAAAUUUUAAUUCCAGUUUCAGUUUUAACUGGAAGAAAACUAAUGACAGAAGAUAAAUUUUCAAAUUCAAUUUGAAAUCCAUCUUGAAGAAACCUAAUGACGGAGGAUGAAAUUCCAUUUGUGACUUCAUCGUCUGCUUGAAGAAUUCUAAUAACGGAAGAUGAAAUUUCGAAUGCAGUUUUAACUCUAACUUGAAGAAAUCUAGCGCCGGAUUGAGGUUUCAACUUCAACUUGAAGAAAUCUAAUGAUGGAACAUGAAAUUUCAAUUUCAGUUUGAAGAAAUCUAUUCCUGGUGCUAAUCUUGUACAUGGCUAGAGUUACGAUUCUGUUUGACAUAUUCAUACUCACGCUACACGAAUAUGAUUAAGCAAAAGGGAGAAUUGUUUGAGCAAAUGAUAUAAUAACAUGUAUCUAACUUUUGUAAGAACUGAAACAUAUUUUCUAUUUCCAUGCUAUUUGGAAUUUGAUUCAAAUAUAGAUCGCAACAAAUAUCUGAAUUUCAAGAUGAUUAUAUUUUAAAAUUUUAAAAAGUAAUUUUAUUUAAUCGUGAAGAAUAUUUUUCAUUCUUUUAAACACUUUAAAAUUACCAGUGUUUAUAAUGGUUGAAAUAUUAUAGUAUUUCUAAAAAUCAAGCAUUAUUGAAUAAGUCUUGUGUGGUUCUUGAAUUUCAAUGUAGUAGAUUUUAUAGAUGAUUUAAAAAAACAUAAGUCUUCUCUGACUAUACGCAAAACCACAAUAUAAUAUGUGUGUAGGAACCGAUUAUGACAGCUAAAUUCUAAGCAGUUCCUAACAUGAUCUUUUAUAAACAUAAAACAUGAAUCUAUUUCUAUUUGCUAAAGUUUACUGUAGCAAUAACGUUUGUAUGUAUUCCUUGGGCUGAAAAUCAAACUGAUAAACAUGGUGAACAUUAGCCAUAUAUCAUAUAUAUUUUUAAUUAAAAAAUGUGAUAUUUGUAUUUAAAAGAAAUAAUUGUGUGUUUGGCAUGUCAAAGGAAAGCUUGACGCCUACUAAACAUUAAAAGAUAUAGGAAAACUUCUAAAAGAAAGUUCUGUAAUUUGAAUAAAUGUAGAAUUCGUUCUUAAGUAAAUAAAUACAACACAACAUUAUAAAUUCA